AUGUCACGCACUAGACAGGUACCCUCAAAUACAGCAUCCAGCUCUCAUAUUCAGUUGCUAUCCCCAGCCGUCCCACAAGAGAACCAUUCCUCUGUCCGUAUUUCAGGCACACUGAGAUUGAGAGCCGAGAAUGACAGUAUCGCCACAGACCAGAUUGAGGACGCAACUCCAGGACGACAUAUAAGAUGGACUGAAGAUGUCGUAGACAACGAGGGAAUGGGUAAAAAGAGCUCAAAAGGGGAAAGCAGUUCGGAGUCUGAAGAUUCGACAUCGAGUUCCUCCGAGUCGGAAAGUGACAACGAUGUAGAUUGCCGUGAUCCGAUAGGCCGCGCACAGAACCACAAACAAAAUGCACAAGAUGCGAGUCAAUCUCCGUCAAAUCCGUCAUUGAAUCGAGGACGUACCCCCUCCUGCAGAAAGCGCCAUGCCAGGAGAAAUGGGAAGAGGAAGCCAAGUCCGAAUGCGUACGAAAAAAUGCCAAAAGUAAAGGGCCAGCCCAGAAAUACGGGGCUGUAACCCAUGCAUCAACUUCACUCCUCAUCUGCAAAUACCGCGGCAUAUAAGUCAAUGUCGUCGCGCUGGACGUUGUGGUAUGCAAUAACACUUGACACCAUUGACCUGAAAGAGUCACUCCGGGAGGACAGGCGAGUGGGCUACAAAGUGCAGACCUCUGUCUGGAUUGACUCCGUUCCAUAUUCUCACCGUCAAUGGAAAGAAAACGAAGACAGAAAGAAAUGGAGCAAGAUUACGAACUAUGAACAUGGAAUUCGUGUGGUGUUUGCCAUAGGUCUUGUCAGCGGAAUCUAGACUGAGCUAGAAUCAAUCGCCG